CACACAACACGAUCUACAGUUAUUUAAACAAAAAAAAAGACGUGCAAUUAAAAGCAGAAAAACAAGGAAAAGCCCUGCCCAUAGGGUUUUAGAAACAACAGUGCAGGCGUAGUAGCUUCAUCAAUGGCGACGACUGCUUUAUCAAGAAACGCAAAUUAUUUACGCAACGCCCGUCGUUUAUUCCAUUCUCGCAUUCUCGGCCGUCCAUUGCCGCCACCGUCCCCAGUAUCACCGCCGCUGCUCGAGAAUCGAAACCUCUCGCUGCUUCGCUCGGUUAUACCUAUAAGUGUAGGAGUCGGCCACUCUCAGAGGUUUUUAUCCACUAUAAGCGACUCCACCGUCACCUCUAAGACUUCAUCAUCACAAUCUGAAGAUACUAAAUCCUCGUCGGAUGCCGGUGGAGGUGAAAAUUCCAGCAAUUCACAGCAAGAUGCUGGGAAAUCUGUGCGCGGCGGGCCGGUUUCGUGGUUAAGUUUUCUGUUGCUGGUGGCUACUGGAGCUGGAAUUAUAUUUUACUAUGAUAAAGAGAAGAAGCAGCAUAUUGAAGAAAUAAACAAAGCUUCCGAGGCUGUGAAAGAAGGACCAUCUGCUGGAAAAGCGGCCAUUGGAGGUCCAUUUAAUCUCAUCAACCAUGAUGGAAAGGCUGUAACGGAGAAAGAUUUUUUGGGGAAAUGGACGAUACUAUAUUUUGGUUUCACUCACUGCCCAGAUAUUUGCCCGGAUGAGCUGCAAAAGCUAGCAGCUGCAAUUGAUAAAAUAAAGGAAAAGGCAGGGUUUGAAAUUGUGCCUGUUUUCAUCUCGGUCGACCCUGAGAGGGACACUGUUGAGCAAGUGCAUGAAUAUGUCAAAGAGUUUCAUCCUAAGUUGAUUGGGUUAACUGGAAACCCAGAAGAGAUAAAGAAAACUGCUCGUGCAUAUCGUGUCUAUUAUAUGAAGACAGCAGAAGAAGAUUCAGAUUAUCUGGUUGAUCACUCCAUUGUCAUGUAUUUGAUGAGUCCUGAGAUGGGUUUUGUGAAGUUCUUUGGGAAGAAUAAUGAUGUGGAUUCACUCACUGAUGGCGUUAUUAAAGAGAUAAAGCAGUACAAAUCCAAAAAGUAGAAGGAAUUUAUGGAGGGAGCACUUAUAAUUCUCUCCACCAUUUUUCUUAUUGGAUAGUUUUCUUGAGAUUGAGAAUUAUAUUUAUUGUUGCUUAUGAUCGCUUCCUAUAAUAUAGAAGAAUCUUUGGCGGAUUUAUUGUAUUUUCCCUCGAAUAUUUGUGAAAUAAUAUGCUGCUAGUGCUACACAUGUGGCUUCCCCAA